AUGUCACAACAGUGUUGGGUGAUUGUUCUGGUGGGGCUGAUGUCGUACUUCAACCCGGAGAGAGCGCUCGGAGCCCCGCAGAAGGAAGUCUCUCUAUCCCGGGACGGCUCUCUCUCUCCUCCCCCUUAUGUGAUUAUUCUCAUCUCCUGCUCUGGACUGGUCUCUUUUGUUCUGUUGCUUCUCACCUGCCUUUGCUGCAAAAGAGGAAGUGUGGGAUUCAAUGAAUUUGAUAAUGCUGAAGGUGAGGAGUGCUCCGGGGCAUCCAGUCCUGUUCCUGAGGACAGUUUGUCCUCUUGUCCAUCACUUCCAGAGGUCUACACUCUCCCUCUGCGGGACAAGAACUGCCACUCCCUACCAAAUGGCACAGACAACUCUCAAUGUUUCCGAAGGCACACUCUGAACUACCUGCAGGAGAUUGGAAAUGGCUGGUUUGGAAAGGUGAUCCUAGCUGAGGUGCUGUGUGACUGCAGCUCUUAUCAGGCAGUGGUGAAGGAGCUGAGGGUCAGUGCUAGUCCUCUGGAACAGCGGAAGUUCCUUGCAGAGUCGGAACCAUACAGAAGUCUCCAGCAUCCAAAUAUCCUCCAGUGUUUGGGUCAGUGCAGUGAGAGUGUUCCUUUUCUCCUGGUGAUGGAGUUUUGUCAGCUGGGUGACCUGAAGAGGUAUUUAAGGGCUCAGAGAAAGUCUGAUGGGAUGACCCCUGACCUGCUAAACAGAGACCUCUUGACCUUACAGCGAAUGGCAUAUGAAAUCACAUCAGGCCUCUUGCAUCUCCAUGAGAACAAUUACAUUCACAGUGAUUUGGCACUGAGGAACUGCCUCCUCACCUCAGAUCUCACGGUUCGGAUAGGAGACUAUGGCCUCUCACACAACCAAUACAAGGAGGAUUAUUAUCUAACCCCAGACAAAUUGUGGAUACCUCUCCGCUGGAUUGCCCCUGAACUUCUGGAGGAGUUUCGUGGAAAUCUGAUUGUCACCGAUCAAACCAAAUCUAGCAAUGUGUGGUCUUUGGGUGUUGUGAUAUGGGAGCUCUUUGAAUUUGGGGCUCAGCCGCACAGACACCUGAGCGAUGAAGAGGUUCUCACAUUUGUCAUCAGAGAACGACAGAUCACUCUUGCUCAACCUCGCCUCAAACUCGCUCAUGCAGACUAUUGGUACGAGGUAAUGCAGUCAUGCUGGCUACCACCAUCCCAACGUCCUACGGUCGGUGAAGUCUUCCUCCUCCUUUCCUCUCUCCUUGCUGCAGAACAAGGAAGUCGAAGGAGCACUAGAAGAGAUGAGGAUGAGGAAGAUUAUGAUGAAGACAGUGGACAAGGAAGGAGAGGGGAGAGUGAUGAGUCAUUUGAAAGACGGUGGGAUGCGCUCCGACCUCCAGCUUUCCAGUCAGCUGCACACAAACUUCUGAGGGAAAGAGAGUAUGGGAGAGAGGAUGGCUGCCUCAGAGGAAAUGGAAACUCCUUCCCACUUUUGGACCCCGUGGACAAUAUUACUCCCACAUCUGAGCUUGAUGACAUCCUUACAGUAACAGAAACAAGCAAAGGGUUAAACUUUGAAUACUUCUGGGAAAAGGCACAUGGCAGGAGAGGCUACAAACCACUUCCUCCACCUCAGCCAAUACCAACACCCAGUUCUGGCCACAGGCAAACACUGGACACACCCACAGUUGUCCCUGUGAUCAGCGCUCGAAGUCCUUCACUGGCUAGCGAGUAUUACAUUCGCCUGGAAGAGCAUACUCCCCAGGAUAAGUCCCCUAGUUUAGGAAAAGGGCGCUCUUUAAGAACAAAUUCAAAGUGCCCUGGAGAUCUGGAGCUGGUUGAACUUCAGACAGGGAUUACUGCAAAAGACAGGCCAGCUUUCUGUCAUCAAGAUGGCUUUAUGAGAGGUUCCUCUCAGACUGUCAGAUCCAGUGAGGUAAAGGUUUUGGUUCCAAACACUGGCUUGGUUGAGUUUAGUAAAGAGAGUUGUAACCGAGUGACGGAUUAUGCUGUUAUAGAUAUUGGAGAACCAAACCAAAAGUCUCUUGGUCCUCAAGCACCUCUCCUCCCACCUAAACCUCGUUCAAUGUCCAUGUCCUCUGGCAGCCAUCUGCACUCACGCCCCCUGCCUGCUCCUCCACUAGGAUAUGCAAGAACAUAUGGGUUAGACAUUUACCCUGGAUCUUCAUACCCGUCUGGCAAAGUUGAGACCUCUGAUUCUUUACUAAUGAGUUCACUUUCCAAAGCCAACUUUGACCAUUUGGGCUUAAAUCGAACUCACCAGACACUGCCUCCAUCUCCUUCGCUUUCCCCCUCCAUUCCACCAUCCUCGGGCACUCACUCCAUGUUCCUCCCACCUCAAACAUGUCCUCCACCUCUCCCUCCCCACUACAGACUCCAAAAGGGUCAAAAUUACACAUCAGAGAUAUAUUCCAGAUACAAUGCGAUGCACUUACAGAGAGACCCACUAAGCUGUGACUUUAUUGAUGCUAGAAAUGCUGACAGAGGCAUGACACGAUCUCAGUCUUUGUAUAAUUCUAGAGAUGCUCCAACUUCACACACUACAGAUGAUGAAUUCUCCUCCAGAAUGACUCGACCCCAAUCCACAAUUCCAAAAAUUGAGAGAACGUCAUCCUCUAGUCCAGAAUUCUCAAAAGAUGAUGAUGAUAAUGAUGAUGAGGAUGAUGAUCCUUUCAUGUCACCGCACAGACCGAUGAGUAGCACAACCAUUCAACACACCAGCCUGGCUGAUGACCCAGCUACGACUGAGCUUUUCUCAAGGGGGAUGAAACGAACACAAUCCCGCCUUGCCACUAUUCUCCCAGCAAUAUGGAGAGAAGAUGCAGUCAUGCAGCGAGAGCGAGUUGCAGCCGCUAGGAAAUCUCCCAUACAUUUGUUUCUGACUGAGAUCUCCAAUGACCCUGUGGAUAUGAAAGAUGGCGAAAACACAUGGACACGAGAAAAUGAGGGAAGGAAAGACAAAGGAAUGCGUCGAUCCCAGUCUCUCAUCUCAGAACUUGACUCAACCUCACAGGCUUGGGCCUCAGACAAAGACUUCCUAUCUGGUUAUGAAGGCAAUACCAAAAAGAGAGAUUUGUUCCUUACAGAGAUUGAGACAUCUGUGUCUGACUGUGAGGAUGCAUAUGACGGUGAAGGUGGGACUCCGGUCUCCAGAUUUGGAACUACACCCCAUCCAUUUGCAUUUCCCUCAGAUUUGCCAGCAUAUUCAGAAGCUGAGGAUGCUUUCUUAUCAGGGAUGAAUAAGUCUCAUUCCCUGCUUUCUGAAAUAUCCGAUGAGAGCAUUAAACCUGAGGCGAAGAAAGGGGAAAUGACAAGAGAGGAAUUUUUAAAGGAGAUUCAAUCUGCUGAAACAUUUCUAACUGAAAUCAUUACAAGGCAACGUAAAAAAGAGGAGAGUGUUUCACCCACUCCAUUGUCUCCUGAGUAUGAGUCAAUAUGCAUAGACCCAGAGUCAUCUCAAACAAUACAGUUUGAAUCGGAAAGAACAAGAGCAGGAAAUCCACCAGGUGACACAAAAGAAGCAAUUUAUGCUCAAGUCACCAAGCGGGCAAAAAGAAGUGAAAUAAAAGUUGCUAUGCGGCCAGAAAUCCCAGUACUUCAGAUUGCAUCUGAGUUACAAAAUCUUGAAUCAGUUCAGAAAUUAACUAAAGUCAGCCAAUUUACAUGUGAAAUCGAGCAAGAGAAAAAUUCCCUUAAUGAUUUUCCCUCCACAGAAGUAAGGCCUAAAAAUGGACCUCUUUUGGAACAGAUAUCUCCUGUUAUAAAAGAGAAACAAGACUCUCAGCAGUCUCAGAAUAAGCAUGAUUGUGUAAGAGAAGGUGCAAUAGAAACCAUGAAUGCAAACAAUGUUAAAGGUUCACAAAGUUGUGAUGAAAAUCCGAUCUCUCGUGAUAUGCAUAUUGGAACUGUAGAGGAAAAUGAUUUGAAGGACAUGUUUGUUCAGUCAAAAGAGCGAUUGCAGAAAAACGAUCACAGUGCUUUACCUGGCAUCAAGGUGAUGGCAUCAAAUGCAACAUUUGGUGUUGAAUCACACAGUGAGGAACCAUCAGAACAUCCAAACCAGACUCCAAAUGAAUCAACUUCUCUUGAUAUUUCACCAAAAAGAAAUUUACCAGGUGGCACAAGCUCUACAAUGACAAGAGAAUACAGUUCAGACAUAAGUCAACACUCCACCACUGCCAACAGACUGUCUGAAUCCCUUGAGCAAACCACCUUAACUGACAAGGAAAUCGGUUCGAGGGCCACAUGGAAUGACAAAGACACAAAAAGUGCAAAUGAGAACAUUCUUCCAAGUGACUCUUUAUUGUCUUUGAAUGAGUCAAGCACAGAUGUGUUCCAUUUGCCUAUGGUGCAUGAACCCAACUCAGAUCAGUCACUGUCUACCAUGACACCCUCAGAUUCUGUCUUGUCACCUUUGACAUCUAGUUCAUUAGACUGUCUCACACCUGGAGAUUCCUGGUUGGGUGGAGGAAGCAGUGGAUGGAGGGCCCUGGGAACUGAAACACCACAUCGUGAUUCAGCCUACUUUUCUGAUAGUGACUUGGACGGUGGAGAAGGUUUAGGCAGAAGAGGCACUGAUGUGCUUGGCUCUUCUCGUCCAGGUAGCGUUCGCGCAGGAGAGCGAGGAUUAUUAAUGGGAAUUGAGGAAAAGACUGAAGAUGAAGGGCUGCUGGAACAUUUUGAAAAGGAAGUGGAGAUGAAACAGGACAUACAGGACUUGUGGAUUUCAGAUAAUUCGGCUGAUGUAAAGAAAGGACUCAUUCAUCUGACUUCUACUGACAUCCCAGCAGAUUCUCAGAGUGAAUGCAAUGCUGAGUUUAUUGCCAAGUUGUUUUUCAAUGGUGAGGAUGAGCCAAAUAAAGGAGUUCCAUUUAACAACUCUCUUAACUUCCAAAAUUCCACUCUGGGUAAAAAAAGUGAGCUGGAAAAAAUGCUAUGUGAAUCAGGUGCUAUGGAUCUAAGACUGCUUGCCCAUGUAGUCUCAGAGCCUCAAAAACCAAUUUCUGAACAAGAGUGUGAAGAAGAACUCAUUGAACACUGUUCUUAUGCGCAAAAAGCUAAGUAUGAAGAAACACGUUGUACUUCACCAAUCGAUGAACAGUCAUCAGACACAAGUAAAUCAAGGUUAUCACGAUUUUACAGCUUACAGUCUGAUUAUUCUAAAUGCAUAAGCAAAGUGAAAAGGGCUGAGCUUGAUAUUAAGGAUACAGACGCAAAUGAACUAGGUUUGAGAAACCUCUCAUAUUCAGAAGAGGGUGAGGAUGAGCAGGCAAAGGAGAGGUCUGAAAGUCAGCUAGCUGUAGGGGAACUCUGCUUCACUAUCAAUGAAUCAUCACAAAGUGCUGCAAAUGCAAAUGUCAGUAGUUUGGAGCAAUCAAAAGAUGACAAUUCUAAUGAAUUUGGCAAAGGUGCCUCAAUGGGUCUUGAACUGAAGGAGAGGGAGUUGUGGAGUGCCCUUGAUGAAGAUUAUGGUAUGGAGGAAACUGUGAGAAGUGAAUUCAACUGUCAGGCAUUUCAGCAGGGAGAACUUCACCUUUGGCCUGUGGAAAAUGACCAAUGGGCUGCUGCCGAAACUCGGACACCAGAAGCAGGACUCAGUUCAGAGCUCUUCCCAAGUUUUGGUAAAAAGACCUGGGUAGCUGAUGAACACUUGGUUGUGAGCCAUGAAUUCUGGGAAUCUGAGGCAAAUGAUGAGCUUGCAGAUAGUGAGUCUCACCCUUCUGCUCAGAGAGUAUGUGAAGAUACAUUUAAUGAUGAGAAGGUAGGACAAGCUGUUUAUCCAUCAUCUGAGAGGUUGAUCUUUUCUGAUGGAACAAAAGGAGCUUUUUUAUCUCCGCAAACACCUUUAGAAAAGCUGGAUGUUCAGCAAGAGGAAAACAUGGAAAAUCCAGAUUUGGAAAAUGGAGCACCAGAGCACUAUACUUGCGAUAUAAAGGUGGAAGUUGAGAAUCUGGAGAUCCCAGAGCAGGAGGCACCUGUUCGGCACAGACCUGUUGAAAUGUUGAUUGAUACGCAGGAUACUGAGGCAUGUUUACAAAAUUAUGUGGGAGAGGGAAUGUUUAGGGAGGAUGACAAAAAAGAGUUUGACCGUCAUGAACACAUGGUAGGUGUAGGAGGUUGUGUGACUCAAUCCUCCUCAUUUUCUAUUACAAAUUCGACUGAUGAAGUGGAAUCUUUGAAAAACCACAAAGAAUCACUUUCUGGUCACAACAAAAAUGAGCUGACAGACCAAACCAAAACCAAAUGUGCACUCAUGACUGAAGCUAGCAAAAUGUUGGGUGCUACCCAUGAAGACCAUCGAACCUGCACAAUAAAUUUGUCAAACUCAACCACCGACUUGGCUGACGGUUCUAACAUCAUUGCAGUGUACUCUGACUGUCACAGUGCUGAAACUAGUAGACACAAUGUUGACAACAUUCACUGUCCUACUACAAUCAAUGAUGCAUUUAUGGAAAAAGAAAGAUCGGAUUCUCCAUCUUGCCCUGAUCUUACCAUUAGCACUGACCAAGAGCCAUGCAAGAUCCACAGUAGCAAUGUUCAGUGUUCAGCCCCUGCACUGAUUUCAAUGGAGCUUUCUGAAUGUGCUGCUUCCACACUUUCAGAAGUUGAAAAAUGUCAAGGUUCAAGUAGUUUCCCAAAUACCGUACACCACAUAGAAAUCAAGACCAGUUCAAGCCUGUUCUGUUCUGCAGAUCAAAUGCCUGCUAAAGGACACGAGGAGCCAUCAGGCUGUACUGAUGAUGUUGACCUUGCUAUAAGCACCACUACACACAGCAAAGGUAUCACUGCAAACCUGGGACAAAAACUGCACACAUCUCUCAUGAAUGAAAACCACAUUCAACCAGAAUCAAAUUCUUUACAUGAGGAUGACAGAAAUAGCCUGCCCCAGAAAGCGGCCCAUCCACCUCUAUCCCAAUGUUCACUGAACUCCAUCCCCGAGUUGUUGAUCUCUGAGUGGAAGGACUUGGAUGAAGAGCCUCUGGAGGAUUUUGAAAAACUGGAGCAGCUAUGCUGCAUUUCAGGGGAUGAAGAGACCCUUGGAGAUCUGUUUUUGGGAAACUUAGAUCUGCUUGAAUCUUUGAAGAGAAAUCCAGAGCAAAGAACAAGCAGUGCCAGUGGCAUAAUAAUCCAGAAUGACUCAGCAAAUUCAGAAGAGAAGACGAGAGUUUGUGAGGAAAGGCUUCAGUACUCUCUCAGUGAAAACGUUAAAACCAAUGUCCUGUGGGGAACUACAAUUAGUGACAGUGUGAUUAUACACCCUUGGGGAGCAUCCACCACUUCGUCCUCUGAAGAAAGUACUGCAAGCAAAGAUUUUCUGGACAAUGAAAGCAACAAAGAGGACACCCCGCCCUCUUCUCCCUCCGUUUUAUUGAAUGAACUUGCUGAAGCACAGACAGAAGAACUGACUGUGCUUGAACAGCCUGAGGUUACUCCCUCUUUGCCUGCGGCAAAUCAAGCUAUGAAAGCUAAGUUGGCUCGUCUCUCCUUAUCCCUCCCUCCACUUGCUCUUUCUCUUCCUCUCUCACCAAAUACCAAAGGAGGAUUCUGGGAAGGGAGCGAGUACAGAGGUGGAAGAAGGAGAGCAGCAUCAACAGGUAGCGAUCCAGAUGAAGAUGAAGAAGAGGAACAGGAGGAGGAGUCUCCCAGGCGCGUCAUCGUUGUCACGGAAACAGAUGUUGACAAGAGAGUGGGUUUGCGUAGCUUGUUGAAAUCGCCAAAGGAGCCCGUGGACAAAGAGAACCGUGACCGUGGGAGGAAUGUGUCAUUUUUUGAUGACGUCACAGUCUAUCUCUUCGAUCAGGAAACUCCAACCAAUGAGCUGAGCUCUGGAUCUACUAGUACAUCUCCUCACGGAAAGCACCCUAGCACUGAUGGUUUAGGAACAGGCAGCCACAAGGCAUCAAAAAGUAAAGAACAUGUAGUGAAGGCAAGAUCUCCGACCGGAGUCACGUCCGGCUCAUCAUCGAGGUUUACAGUGAGCCCUGCCGAUGACCCACAUUUAGUGUGACAUACUACUGUUCCCCAAACAACCUGGACAAAAUGAACCCCCCCCCCUGGAGUGAAUGAGUGGCCCCCGCUGUCAUCGGUAACUAUGACGACUCCUGGAGGUUAUUUUUGUAAACUAAAAGAAACAAAAAGAAGGACUCCCGUUUCAAAAGGCUGGAGGCAGUCCAGGUUUUACUCACUGCAGCCGCUGGAGUGGCAAAUCCACAGAUAGAAAGUACCUUCAAACAGCCAAAAACCUUGGGGUUAUGUAAAAUCUGACAUGUACUUUUCGGCUAUGCAAUGGGAGUCUUAUUAUGUACCAGCUUAACUGUUCUAUUUUCAUGGCUUCUUGAAGUACGUUUGUAUUUUAAUCCCCUUAAAUGAAGGGGCGCACUUUCUCUGACCAGUACCUGUCUAUUUGUGAGCUUAGAAAUAUUGACAUUGUAAAUUUGUUCCCAUUGCCAGUCAGACAUUCUUGUAGUUUGUGAUCGAUGACGGCAUCGUCUCUCCAAAUCACAGCAGUGCAGUUCUCAUUUAGCAUUUGUACAAACUAAAAAUCGAAUUGUAUCAGAAUACGAACUCAUUUUAAAACCAUUUAUUUUAAAUGUAUUCUUAGAAUGCAUGAACAAACUGCAACUCUUAUGUUUUAUACCGUAUUUUUUAUUGCAAAUGUUAUUUAUUUGUUAUUUAUUGCAUAUUUGUGGUUUUUUUUUUAUUUUAUUUAAAUGUACGUUUGUCUGUAAGCUUAAUUCCCAUCAUAUGUUGAAGUAAACUGUAUAUUUACUUUGUUUUAUUUGACAUUUAUGGCAUUUUCUGUUUAAUCGAAUUAAUAACCGCCUCAACGAACAUAUAUCUUUGCAUAGAUACAAACACUUUGAAAUGUUUUCUCUAAUUUAGCUCUUUGUAGAUGUCGAUCUGUAUCUAGUUGUCCUAUGAUGUGUCUCUCAACAGGUGUUAUUUUCUAAUAAUGUAUUUGACAUUAGCUUUUCCUUUGUUCAUUUUAAAGCAGUAAUUAUUGCUUGGCAUGAAAAAAGAGAUAAAUCAGCAUACAUGAUGAGUAAUUGACUUAUUUAUUAUUUAUUUAUUUAAUUUCUUUUCGUUUUUAUUAUUAUUCAUGCAAAUGACUGAGGGAAGACUCUAGAUCAUUACGUCACGUUCAGCAUUUGUUUCAUUUAGAGGUUUCAUAUUAUUCUGUAAGAAGCUGAAGGACUGAAAAUAACAUGGAAACUGUGAAACAUUUAUUGAACUGUUUGAUGACAAUAAAUUGUUCUGUCUUAUAAUA